CAGAAAUUACAGCACUAACUAUAUAUAACAAUAUUUUGCCAAAAGAUGUUUACCUCUACCUUUUUGUUUCACCCAUUUAUUCCACAGCGGAUAUCCAUCAUGAAUGGUCUGUUGCACUGCUUUCUCUUUCUGAAACGAUCAACUUUUAACACCUAUCUUUUAGCCCUCCAGGAGUUUAUAAUUUGCUGCUAAAACCAUAUUUUAGUCAAAGUAUGCAACUGAAAAAAUGUCAGUCAGCAGGUGGUUACUAACUGUUGUGUUUGUCAUAGUUUCAGGGAGCAGCUGGCUGAUCUUUACAAGGGCAUUCAUUCCUCUGCAAACAUGACUCUCCUGCAGCAGUAUGAGGAACUCAUCCACUCCCUGAUCAGCCAAAGCCUGGACAGCAGACUUCAGUGUGAACAGCUUGAAACCAGUCUGAAGCGAGCCGAGGGCUUAAAUCACAGUCAGCUGACAGAGCUGGAGGACGAUAUACAACAACAUCUCGCUAGGACGGAGGAGAGGGUGAGAGACGAGGAGAGAAAGAAAAUGGAAGAAAUUAUGGCUGGCUUGCAGAGGAGGCAUGAGAAUGAAGUUGCAGACCUGCAUGCCACUGUGGAAAGACUGUUAAAGAGUAAAGAAGACUCUGAACUGAACCAUUCAAAGGAAGAGAUGCUCAGACUGAGCGGACAAAUCAGCGAUCUCUCACACGAGAACGAGCAGCUACGCGGCUCUCUUCUGCAAGCCCAGACAAACAUCGCCAUCCUGCACUCAGAGCUGGACAAGCUGAAGAACCUGUAUGCGGAUCAGAAAGCUCAACAUGAACAAGAAACGGAAGAUUUGAAGAGGAUGGCUAUGGAAUACCAGUCGUACUCCAGUCAGAUUCAGAUUCUCCAGGAACUGAAUAAAAAGCUGUAUGACAGUAAUGACGACCUGCGCUCGGCAUUGGCAAGUGAAGCAGUUGCAGCUAAAAGAAGGCUGUCUCCCCAAAAUGAAAUCCCAGCCAGGAGAAUGAAACCCCUCCGACAGAGCACGCUCAACCAUAGCGGCUUGGAGGUCCCGAGCAAACUGACCUACUCUCAUGUGGCCACCUGGGCCGAUAAAUACCUGGACAGUGGGGUCUCCCUGCCGAUGGACACAGCUGAGAGCUCGGGCAGUGACUAUGACAGCGACGACAGCAGAAGCUCAGUGGAAACUGUGCACUUCAGUUACUCGUGUGUCCCAUCUGACAUGGAGAUAUCAGAAGUGAAAUCUGAAGCUGCCGUGUCAAUGGCGCCGAGUAUGGCCACCUCCAUCGCUUCUUCCCUACGAAGACGUUUAUCUGCCUUUUCUCCAAAGCAGCCGUUGGAAGCAGACAUGGAAGAAUGUGAGGAGCCCACCCCGAUGUACCGCCUGGUUUUAGCGGGAGACGCAGGAGCGGGGAAGUCCAGCUUCCUGCUGAGACUGACCCUUAACGAGUUCAGAGAUGAUAUUCAGACAACACUGGGGGUUGAUUUCCAAAUGAAGAGGAUGUUGGUGGAUGGCGAGAAGACAAAUCUGCAGAUCUGGGACACGGCUGGGCAGGAGAGGUUUCGUAGUAUUGCCAGGUCUUACUUCCGUAAAGCUCACGGAGUCCUGCUGCUCUAUGACGUGACUUCAGAAAGCAGCUUCCUUAACGUCAGAGCAUGGGUGGAUCAGAUCCAGGAGUCAGCAGAGGAGAAAAUACCCAUGUGUGUUAUUGGAAACAAGGUGGACCUCCGAGGGGAGCUUCCUGAGGGAAGCUGUGUGAGCAGUUUGCAUGGUGAAAAGUUGGCCAAGACGUAUGGUGCCUUGUUCUGCGAAACGAGUGCCAAAGAGGGUACAAACAUCACAGAGGCUGUGCUUCAUCUGGCAAGAGAAGUGAAGAAAAAUGUCAAACUGAGGCCGCAGUCAGACUCUCAGGUCAGACUGAAUCAAAUCAGCCCAAAGAAAACUCUUAACAACUGCUGUGGACUGUAGACGACUGAUGUCUGUACAGAGCAACGAAGGACAAUGUGCUACUUUUAUUUAAUAAAUGUCAAAUUUUAAAAACUGUUAUAUGUGUUACUAUAAAAAUCCUAAAUGUACUUUUAUUAUUUGAUCAAAAUGAAGGUUUAUAUUGUGGGAAUAUUGCACAUGUGCAAAUAUAAAU